UUCCGGCCAGGAAGAUGGCCGUACACAACAAAUAGUUAGCGAAAUAUGAACUAUAUUUCAUUCGUUUUCUUCGUUUUAUAGACGUAUAGCCGAGGUAUUUCCUGGAAAAAAAUCAACCAGUAUCCAUGGAGACCCCACAGCCCGGCCCAGCAGACGGAGAGGAGCGACCAGUGGAGCUGCGGCCCAGAACACGCUCAAACCCGGAGGGUGCAGAGGACAGGCGCAGCAGCACUGGUAGCCUAGGCAACAGCAACCCCAGCACCCCGCAGCCUGCAGUGGGCAGCCGAGUGGAGGGAGAGGGGGAGGCCUCGACCAGCGACAGUCCUCCUAGCUCCACCACCACCACAAUCUCUGCCACCACAGCCCAGACCAUAGCCCCUAUAGUGGCAGCUACGGUCAAUGCCAUAGUAGGCCUGCCCACCCCCACGCCAGUGGCCAAGGACAGGCCCAAACCCACCCAGGCUCCUCCCCCUCUGACGCCCCCCAUCCCUCCCACGGCAGAGUUCCAGCUACGAGCACCCCGCGUCAACUGUCCAGAGAAAGUGAUCAUCUGUUUGGAUCUCUCUGAAGAGAUGUCAUCACAAAAGCUGGAGUCCUUCAAUGGAUCCAAGACCAACGCUCUCAAUAUUUCCCAGAAGAUGAUUGAGAUGUUUGUGAGAACAAAACACAAGAUUGACAAGCGCCAUGAGUUUGCCCUGGUGGUUGUUAAUGAUGAUGCCUUGUGGCUGUCAGGUUUCACCUCUGACCCCAGGGAACUGUGCAGCUGUCUCUAUGACCUGGACACCAACGUGUGUGAAACCUUCAAUCUAGAGGAUCUUCUUAGUGUUAUCCGUCAGAAGAUAGAUCUUCCUCUCAUGGACAACAUCCAGACCAUCCCCCCUCCGUUUGUAGUCAGGACUCUCCUCAUCUACAGUAGACACGCUGGACAGCUGCAGUUCAGCCCCUCAGACGCUGUCAAUAGCAUGCUGCUGUCUCCCUACUUCUUCUUUGAUGUGGUUUACCUUCACAACGGGGCUGAGGAGCAGGGGGAUGAGGCCAGCUGGAGGGACAUCUACACAUCGUUCUGUAACCUGGACUCUAAAGGCACCUGUUACCACUUCGAGGUAUCUCUGUGUGGGCCGGCCAUCGAGCUCCACAACUGCAUGGCCAAGCUGCUGUCCCACCCCCUCCAGAGACCCUUCCAGAGCCAUGCGUCCUACAGCCUGCUAGAGGGAGAUGACCCCCAGGACGUAGAGGCCACCGUCUAACUGGAGGUGCCUGGUCGAGCGACGGACCCCCAGGGGAGGCCAGUGUUUAACUUGGGGGUCUUCAGAGUACCCUGGUCCUGGAGAGUUACAGGGUCUGCAGUGCAGGGAUGGAGCAAAAACCUGUUGAGUCAAGUGUGUUAGUGGCCGGCGCUGGACUAAACGUCUGCACACGCUGUAACUCUCCAGAACCAGGCUUGGAGAACACUGCUCUAACUGGACAAGGAGAUGGGUUGCUAGGAGAUGGGUUGCUAGGUGAUGACAAUGGGGAAAUUAGGAAGCAUGUGUGUAUGUAUUUCAUUUAGUUUUAAACCUGAUUUGGGGACAGUGUUUUCCCUAAAAGUCUUAAAGAGUGAAAUCCAUGCCUACACAAUAGAUGUCACCCAUUUCCAUGGCUGGCUUGUGGAAAACGUACAUUGAAAUAACUAAAUAUAGCUAAUAUACACGGUCAGGAGCAAGGUUGUUGUAAUGGGCUGUUUGAGAAGGGUUGUAAACUGAUUCAUUUUCUUGUUUUUACAUCCGUACACCCUCUGAUGGGUACGUUUGUCUUGUCAGUCAGCUGUUUAUAUUCCCACUUAUGCUGUUUUGUUUUGUCAAUUGUAGUUUCAUUGAUCUGUAUCUGAUGAUUAAAAGAUAAAUGUUAGUAAUCUACAUGUUG